AUUCUCACCUCCUCCCGACAUGACGGUGCUUACAAUGAUGGGCACUUCCUGUUCAAACCUGGAGGCACUUCUCCCCUUUUUUGUACAACGUCGCCGGGAUAUCCCUUGACAUCCAGCACUGUGUACUCACCUCCCCCUAGGCCCCUUCCCAGAAGUACCUUCUCUAGGCCUGCCUUUAAUCUGAAGAAACCCUAUAAGUACUGUAACUGGAAAUGUGCUGCUCUGAGUGCUAUUGUCAUCUCAGUCACACUGGUGAUCCUGCUGGCGUAUUUCAUAGCCAUGCACCUGUUUGGCCUAAACUGGCACCUGCAGCCGAUGGAAGGGCAGAUGUAUGAAAUCACGGAGGACACAGCCAGCAGUUGGCCAGUGCCAACGGACGUCUCCUUAUAUCCUUCGGGGGGCACAGGGUUAGAGUUACCUGACAGGAAAGGCAAAGGAACCAGUGAAGGAAAGCCCAGUAAUUUCUUUCCAGAUGACAGUUUUAUAGACUCUGGAGAAAUUGAUGUUGGCAGAAGAGCCACACAGAAGAUCCCUCCUGGUACCUUUUGGAGAUCUCAGGUGUUCAUCGAUCACCCAGUGCAUCUGAAAUUCAAUGUGUCUUUGGGAAAGGCUGCUCUGGUUGGCAUCUAUGGCAGAAAAGGCCUCCCACCAUCGCAUACACAGUUUGACUUUGUGGAGCUUCUUGAUGGAAGACGUCUGCUGACACAGGAGGCGAGAAGCUUAGAAGGACCUCAGCGGCAACACAGAGCUUUCGUGCCCUUGGCCAGCCAUGAGACAGGGUUUAUCCAGUAUCUAGAUUCAGGAAUAUGGCAUUUAGCCUUCUACAAUGAUGGCAAGGAGUCAGAAGUGGUUUCGUUUCUUACUACUGCUAUUGAAUCGGUGGAUAAUUGUCCCAGUAAUUGCUAUGGGAAUGGAGACUGCGUGUCUGGGACUUGCCAUUGCUUCCUUGGCUUUCUGGGACCUGACUGUGGCAGAGCGUCCUGCCCUGUGCUGUGCAGUGGGAAUGGGCAGUACAUGAAGGGGAGGUGCUUGUGCCACAGCGGCUGGAAAGGAGCAGAGUGUGAUGUCCCAACAAACCAGUGCAUUGAUGUCUCCUGCAAUAACCAUGGCACGUGCAUCAUGGGGACCUGUAUCUGCAACCCAGGGUACAAAGGAGAGAGCUGUGAAGAAGUGGACUGCAUGGAUCCUACCUGCUCGGGACGAGGCGUGUGCGUGAGAGGAGAAUGUCACUGUUCGGUUGGCUGGGGAGGAACAAAUUGUGAGACCCCAAGAGCCACUUGUCUGGACCAAUGCUCAGGUCACGGGACUUUCCUCCCAGACACUGGACUCUGCAGCUGUGAUCCCAACUGGACUGGACACGAUUGCUCAAUCGAGAUUUGCGCAGCGGACUGCGGAGGACACGGCGUUUGUGUUGGAGGCACCUGCCGCUGCGAGGAGGGCUGGAUGGGCACAGCCUGUGAUCAGAGAGCGUGUCACCCACGCUGCAAUGAGCACGGGACAUGCCGGGAUGGCAAGUGUGAAUGCAGCCCGGGCUGGAACGGAGAGCACUGCACUAUUGAGGGAUGCCCUGGCUUGUGUAAUGGCAAUGGCAGAUGCACUCUGGACAUGAAUGGCUGGCACUGUGUCUGCCAGCUGGGCUGGAGAGGAGCGGGCUGCGAUACCUCCAUGGAGACGGCGUGUGGCGAUGGGAAGGACAACGAUGGAGAUGGCCUGGUGGAUUGCAUGGACCCAGAUUGCUGCUUGCAGCCCCUGUGCCACGUCAAUGCGCUGUGCCUGGGCUCCCCAGACCCCCUGGAUAUCAUCCAGGAGACACAAGCCCCUGUCUCCCAGCAGAGCUUGCAUUCGUUCUACGAUCGGAUCAAGUUCCUGAUUGGCAAGGACAGCACCCAUGUCAUCCCAGGAGACAAUCCCUUUGAAGGAGGACAUGCGUGUGUGAUUCGAGGCCAGGUGAUGACAGCAGAUGGGACCCCUCUAGUUGGAGUGAACAUCAGCUUUGUCAACAAUCCUCUCUUUGGAUACACAAUCAGCAGACAAGAUGGCAGCUUUGACCUCGUAACCAUUGGUGGCAUCUCCAUUAUCCUGCACUUUGAGCGGGCUCCCUUCAUCACCCAGGAGCACACGCUGUGGCUGCCAUGGGAUCGUUUCUUCGUGAUGGAAACCAUAGUCAUGAGGCAUGAAGAGAAUGAGAUCCCAAGCUGUGACCUCAGUAACUUUGCCCGGCCCAACCCUGUGGUCUCCCCAUCUCCUCUGACGGCUUUUGCAAGUUCCUGCUCGGAGAAAGGUCCUAUUAUUCCUGAAAUCCAGGCUCUACAGGAGGAGAUUAAUGUUUCUGGUAGUAAAAUUAAAGUGAGUUACCUGAGUAGUCGCACAGCUGGCUACAAAUCAGUCCUGAGGAUCAGCAUGACCCACCCCACCAUCCCCUUCAACCUCAUGAAAGUCCAUCUCAUGGUGGCCGUUGAGGGACGCCUCUUCAGAAAGUGGUUUGCAGCUGCUCCAGACCUGUCCUAUUAUUUCAUCUGGGAUAAGACAGAUGUUUACAGCCAGAAGGUGUAUGGGCUCUCAGAAGCCUUCGUUUCUGUAGGUUACGAGUAUGAAUCCUGUCCUGACUUGAUCCUGUGGGAGAAGAGGACAGCUGUGCUUCAGGGUUAUGAAAUUGAUGCUUCCAAACUUGGAGGAUGGUCCCUGGACAAACAUCAUGCCCUCAACAUACAAAGUGGCAUCUUGCAUAAAGGAAAUGGGGAAAACCAGUUUAUUUCCCAGCAGCCGCCUGUAAUCGGAAGCAUUAUGGGCAACGGCCGCAGACGUAGCAUUUCUUGUCCAAGCUGCAAUGGUCUUGCAGAUGGGAACAAACUCCUGGCUCCUGUUGCCCUAACAUGUGGAUCUGAUGGAAGUCUUUACGUUGGAGAUUUCAACUACAUCCGAAGGAUCUUCCCCUCUGGCAAUGUCACCAACAUACUGGAGCUGAGAAAUAAAGAUUUCAGACAUAGCCACAGCCCAGCUCAUAAGUAUUACUUGACCACAGAUCCAAUCACUGGCUCCAUCUACCUCUCUGACACCAACAGCCGACGUAUCUAUAAAAUCAAGUCAACCACGUCAGUGAAAGACAUCGUGAAGAAUUCAGAGGUCUUGGCUGGAACUGGGGAUCAGUGCCUCCCGUUCGACGACACCCGCUGUGGAGAUGGAGGCAAAGGCACUGAUGCCACCCUUACCAACCCCAGGGGCAUCACAGUGGACAAGUUUGGGUUGAUUUACUUUGUGGAUGGCACUAUGAUCAGGCGGAUUGAUCAGAAUGGGAUUAUCUCAACUGUGUUGGGUUCCAAUGACUUGACAUCUGCUCGGCCUCUCAGCUGUGACUCUGUCAUGGACAUUUCUCAGGUUCGUCUAGAAUGGCCCACAGACCUGGCAGUCAAUCCGAUGGAUAAUUCGCUCUACGUCCUCGACAACAACGUUGUGUUACAGAUCUCUGAGAACCACCAGGUGCGCAUCGUGGCAGGGAGGCCCAUGCACUGCCAGGUGCCAGGCAUGGAUCACUUUCUCCUUAGCAAGGUGGCAAUCCAUGCCACCCUGGAGUCUGCUACUGCCCUGGCCGUCUCGCACAACGGGGUCCUGUAUAUUGCUGAGACUGACGAGAAGAAGAUCAACCGCAUCAGGCAGGUCACCACCAACGGGGAGAUUUCUCUUGUCGCUGGUGCCCCGAGCAGCUGUGACUGCAAGAAUGAUGCUAAUUGUGACUGCUUCUCAGGGGACGAUGGCUAUGCCAAGGAUGCCAAACUCAACGCCCCGUCCUCCCUCGCAGUGUGUGCGGAUGGGGAGCUGUACGUGGCUGACCUUGGAAAUAUCCGCAUCCGCUUCAUUCGGAAAAACAGACCAUUCCUCAACACACAAAACCUGUAUGAGUUAUCCUCGCCCAUAGACCAGGAGCUCUACUUGUUUGACACCAGUGGUAAGCACCUUUAUACUCAGAGCCUCACCACUGGAGAUUAUCUUUACAAUUUUACUUAUUCUGGAGAUGGAGAUAUAACCCUCAUCACUGACAAUAAUGGCAACUUAGUCAAUAUCCGAAGAGAUUCCACGGGGAUGCCCCUCUGGCUGGUAGUGCCUGAUGGUCAAGUCUACUGGGUGACAAUUGGUACCAACAGUGCACUCAAGAGUGUGACAACACAGGGGCAUGAAGUGGCCAUGAUGACAUACCACGGCAACUCCGGUCUCCUUGCCACCAAAAGCAAUGAAAAUGGUUGGACAACGUUUUAUGAGUAUGACAGCUUUGGGCGGCUGACCAACGUGACCUUCCCUACUGGCCAAGUGAGCAGCUUCCGCAGCGAUACUGACAGCUCCGUGCAUGUCCAGGUGGAAACCUCCAGUAAGGAUGAUGUUACAAUAACAACCAACUUGUCAGCAUCAGGAGCUUUCUACACCCUGCUCCAAGACCAAGUCCGAAACAGCUACUACAUCGGUGCUGAUGGUUCUCUCAGGCUGAUGCUCGCGAACGGCAUGGAGGUGGCCCUGCAAACUGAGCCACAUCUGCUGGCUGGCACUGUCAACCCCACGGUGGGGAAGAGAAAUGUCACCCUGCCCAUUGACAACGGCCUCAAUCUCGUGGAGUGGAGGCAGAGGAAGGAGCAAGCGAGAGGGCAGGUCACUGUCUUUGGACGUCGGCUGAGGGUUCAUAACAGAAACCUGCUGUCCCUUGACUUUGAUCGUGUGACAAGGACAGAGAAGAUCUAUGAUGACCAUCGCAAGUUCACGCUCCGCAUCCUCUACGACCAGGCAGGGAGGCCCAGUCUCUGGUCACCCAGCAGCAGACUGAACGGGGUCAAUGUCACCUAUUCCCCUGGAGGACACAUUGCAGGGAUUCAGAGGGGCACAAUGUCAGAAAGGAUGGAGUAUGAUCAGUCUGGCAGAAUUACAUCCAGGAUCUUUGCUGAUGGCAAAUCAUGGAGCUACACUUACUUGGAGAAGUCCAUGGUGCUGCUCCUUCACAGCCAGAGACAGUACAUCUUUGAGUUUGAUAAGAACGACCGGUUGUCAUCAGUGACCAUGCCCAACGUUGCCCGUCAGACUUUAGAAACCAUUCGUUCCAUCGGUUACUACAGGAACAUCUACCGGCCACCCGAAGGCAACGCCUCAGUAAUUCAGGAUUUCACAGAGGACGAGCAGCUCCUCCACACUUUGUACCUGGGGACAGGCAGACGUGUCAUCUACAAGUACGGAAAGUUGUCCAAGUUGGCCGAGAUGCUCUAUGACACCACAAAGAUCAGUUUCACCUAUGACGAAACCGCCGGGAUGCUGAAGACCAUCAACCUGCAGAAUGAGGGGUUCACCUGUACCAUCAGGUACAGGCAGAUAGGACCUCUCAUUGAUCGGCAGAUUUUCCGCUUCACCGAGGAGGGGAUGGUGAACGCGCGCUUUGACUAUAAUUACGACAACAGCUUCAGGGUGACCAGCAUGCAAGCAGUCAUCAACGAGACACCUUUACCCAUUGACCUCUACAGGUAUGAUGAUGUGUCAGGCAAAACGGAGCAGUUUGGUAAAUUUGGAGUCAUUUACUACGAUAUCAACCAGAUUAUCACCACUGCUGUCAUGACUCACACUAAACAUUUUGAUGCUUACGGGAGGAUGAAGGAGGUCCAGUACGAGAUAUUCCGGUCGCUGAUGUACUGGAUGACCGUCCAGUAUGACAACAUGGGGAGAGUGGUUAAGAAAGAGCUGAAGGUUGGCCCUUAUGCAAACACAACUAGGUACUCCUAUGAGUAUGAUGCUGAUGGCCAGCUGCAGACAGUGUCUAUCAAUGACAAACCACUCUGGCGUUACAGCUACGACCUAAAUGGAAACCUCCAUUUGUUGAGUCCAGGGAAUAGUGCCCGCCUUACGCCGCUCAGGUACGACCUCAGGGACAGGAUCACCAGACUGGGGGAUGUGCAGUACAAAAUGGAUGAAGAUGGCUUCCUGAAGCAAAGAGGCAAUGAUAUUUUUGAGUACAGUUCAGCUGGUCUGCUCAUCAAAGCCUACAAUAAAGUUAGUGGGUGGAGUGUUAAAUACCGCUAUGAUGGGCUAGGAAGGAGAGUCUCCAGCAAAGCCAGCCAUGGCCAUCACUUGCAGUUCUUCUAUGCAGACCUGACCAACCCAACCAAGGUCACCCAUUUAUACAACCACUCAAGCUCUGAGAUCACCUCCCUCUACUAUGACCUCCAAGGCCACCUCUUUGCGAUGGAGCUCAGCAGCGGUGAUGAAUUCUACAUAGCCUGCGAUAACAUUGGCACUCCUUUGGCUGUCUUCAGUGGGACUGGCUUAAUGAUUAAGCAGAUACUGUACACAGCAUAUGGGGAGAUCUAUAUGGACACCAAUCCCAACUUCCAGAUCAUCAUCGGCUACCACGGAGGACUCUAUGACCCCCUCACAAAACUUAUCCACAUGGGACGGAGAGACUAUGAUGUGCUGGCGGGUCGGUGGACGAGUCCAGACCAUGAUAUGUGGAAGCAUCUGAGUAGCAAUAACAUAAUGCCUUUCAACCUAUAUAUGUUCAAAAACAACAAUCCCAUUAGCAACUCUCAGGAUAUCAAAUGUUACAUGACAGAUGUCAACAGCUGGCUGCUCACCUUUGGGUUCCAGCUACACAACGUUAUCCCUGGCUACCCUAAGCCAGACAUGGAUGCGAUGGAGCCGUCCUAUGAGCUAAUCCACACGCAGAUGAAAACCCAAGAAUGGGACAACAGCAAGUCAAUCCUGGGGGUCCAAUGUGAAGUGCAGAAGCAGCUGAAGGCCUUUGUCACUCUGGAGCGCUUCGAGCGGAUCUACAGCUCCAGCGUCGCCGGGUGCUGGCAGGUCAAGAAGAACAAGAACUUUGCCUCUGGAGGCUCCAUCUUCGGCAAAGGUGUCAAGUUCGCCAUGAAGGAUGGGCGCGUGGCCACUGACAUCAUCAGCGUGGCCAACGAGGACGGUCGGAGGAUUGCGGCCAUCCUGAACAAUGCCCAUUACCUGGAGAACUUGCACUUCACCAUCGACGGGGUGGACACGCACUAUUUCAUUAAGCAAGGGCCAUCGGAGGGCGACCUCUCCAUCUUGGGCCUCAGCGGCGGGCGGAGGACCCUGGAGAACGGCGUGAACGUGACGGUGUCCCAGAUCAACACAGUGCUAAGUGGAAGGACUAGACGUUACACGGACAUCCAGCUCCAGUAUGGUGCACUGUGUCUAAACACUCGCUACGGGACCACCUUGGACGAGGAGAAGGCCCGUGUCCUGGAGCUGGCGAGACAGCGCGCUGUCGCCCAAGCUUGGUCCCGGGAACAGCAGAGACUGCGGGAUGGGGAGGAGGGUAUUCGCUCGUGGACAGAAGGGGAGAAGCAGCAAGUGCUCAACACAGGCCGGGUACAGGGCUACGAUGGCUAUUUUGUGAUCUCAGUGGAGCAGUACCCCGAACUCUCAGACAGCGCCAACAACAUCCACUUCAUGAGACAGAGCGAAAUGGGCAGAAGGUGACAGAGAGGGUUGAUGCGGUGACUUCUUGCCAAAGACAGCUACUCUUUUGUGGCCACUUACCUGACUGUGUUGUACUCAAUCCUUUUUCUAAGCUGAACAAGGCGGGGAGGGCGGGGGGGGAGGAAAAUAGAAGGAAUAAUACGGUUGCACUGUAACUCAUGCAACAUAGUUAUUUUUUUUCCCUCUUUAAUUUGGCCUUCAUGCAUUUUAUUUUAUUAUUUUUUUUUGCAACCAACAGAAGAUAUAUUUUGCCGUAGUGUGAUCACAGUGAAAUUGUCUCUUGUCCUUUUUUUUUCUUUCUUUUUUUCUUUUUUAUUUUGGUUGUUGUUGUUGUUGUUGGGUUCCCCCCCCCCCUUUUGUGAGGAAUUUGAAGUGCGGAGUCGUCAACGUACGUCCUUAGGUGUGAAGUGCAAAAUGGGUGUCUGUGCUAACUUGUGUCAUCCUAACCCUUUCUGGUUUGGGGCAGGGACAGAUAGCCUUCCACCCGAAACACAGGGAGUCCAAGGUGUGCCAGAGAGCUCUUCCUGAGGAGAAAGGAGAUGGAAGACGACACUGAUUCCAAUACUCCGAAAGUGACCGUCCGAAUCAUGUGCCUCAAAAGAGACCUUACAAGUAGUUUUCAUGUUUCACUUGGGACAUAAAGUGGUUUUUUGAGGGCUCCUGCUGAGCAGAAGUAGAUUAUAGAGGCGAAGGAGCUGAUUAUAUUUACUUGCAAGAUGAUUCUCUUCCUUCCUGAACUGGAAUUAAAAAAAAAAAAAAAAAAAGAAGAAAAAAAAAGAGAAAAAUACUUUUUUUUUUUCAUUAUGAGAGUAGAUACUUUUUGGGUUUUUUGUGUGUGCACAAAUCCUGGUUUUAGUUAAAAUAGCAAAAGCCAAGAAAGGGACUCCUGCUCUAUUGAGAAAAGCUAAAAUAAAUCCUCUCUCAUAGCUGUUCUAUAGGUGGAUUUAAUGCACCCAUGUUGUACAUUUGCUAAUGGCAUAACUUCAUUAAAUGUAUAGUGUUUCAGUACAUGAGGCUACGUGUUUAACAGUCCACUGUGCUGUAUCUGAUAAAACCAGUUAAUUUUUAGGAAGCUGAUUUGAAUUUAAAAGUAGUUAUAGUAUCCCAGUGACAUAACACUGAAAAUCAGAGCAAGCCAAACCUUGCUUUUCCUGAUUCUGGAGCUUGUAUUUAUUGGCUGGGAAAUGCAGUUUUGAGUAGCAUGCUGGCAAGUCAUUUAUGACUAUGGCACAUAAAUGUCUCCUGGGGACUUUGGCAGCAGGGAUUUUAAAAUGUUUAAUAAGUAGCAACAGCUUGUGCAUGGUGGGAUGAGAAGGGGAAUAUUGGAAUCAACCCUCUCACUGUUUCUUACAUGAGCUCAAAUCAAAUGGAGAGCCCAGUUGACUGUUAGCAGUGAAGAAGAGGGAGGUCAAAUGGAAAUGCCCACUACAGAGGGGACCAAGUGCUUUAGUAAGAAACUGCUGACAAAGUUGCUCAGCAUGCUAAUGUAAUUUGUAUUCACAUAACCUCUGUGAUCUAGUAUUUGCAAGAGUCCUUGAAAUUCAAGGGAACAAGGAGUGAGCUUAGCAUCCUUGUGAAACAGCCUUGUGGUAGCAAGGCCCUUCCUGCUGGCAGAGGUGUCACCCUACCUCUCGCUGCAGCUCUGGCUGGAGAUGGCCCACCUUGGUCCCAAACAGACUUACCCAUCCCACUGACACCUGCAUGUAUCCUGACUCUAAGAGCUCUCAACCUGUCUCUCUGAGAACAUCUCAGUCCUGAUUAUUUUUAAUAUAUAUAUUUUUUUAGUCCAUCCCCUUCAGUUUUUGCUUCCUGAUUCUGCAGAGAGAUAAACUGAGACCUGCAAAUCCAUGCCAAGGCUGGUUCCUUACUAGGAUCCCUUCAACAGACCCAUGUCCCCAGAGCCACCUCUCCUCCGCGUGUGCCACCACCACUGGCAUCCUCUAACACAGCCUGGUACUUCUCUGUAGGCUCCAGCCCCCAAGAUAAAGCAGGGGUGUGUGUUGGGUACACACUCCUUGAGCAGCAAAAUGUUGGCAGCCCCAGGGCUAUCGUGGUUUCCCCAUAGAGCAGCUCUCAGCUCUGGCUGCCUUGCCUGUUCCCUGCUGCUUGCCAGGAGGAAGGUGAUGGGAUGAAAAUUCCCUCAGCAGACUGUUCCUCCUCCAGUUCUCAAUCCCUAAUACCUUUGGCUGAGCAGCCAGAGUUUUGGCAGCUGCAGAGCCCCAGGGCUGACUCACACUGAGGCCACCCACUGGUAUGGUCCUGACUUUCUGGUGGUCCCUCCUGCUUCCAGCAAGGGUGAUGGUGCUGGUGCCGUAACCCAGUGCUGUUCCUUGAACCACCCCUUGCAGCAUACAACUUCUAUUACUUUGGCAAGAAUAAAUCACAGGCAUCUGGACUAGAGAGGGCAUCCAGCUCCAGCAGAGCUGGCUGAGAGGAGAUGUGUUGCCUGGGCCAGCCCUAGGCUUUGGCAAGGGAGCAAAUCCUUCAGGCAGCUCCCUGCCAGGGGUGGUUAAAAGGCUGUGGCAUUACCACCUGUGUGCUGGUAUCAAACUCUUGGCAAACCUUGGUUUCCCUGAGGAUGUGCCGAUGGGGAUUAGGGGCAGCAUUAGCCAAACCCACAGUUGCUACCUACUGGAAGGAGGCUUCACCCUCCGCCUAGGGCUACCCAACUCCUUGCUUUUCCCUCCCCAAGUCACAUCGGGGACAAAUUCCAAUCAGCACCUCAACCUUGUAAUGGCUUUGAGCUUCUAAACCAGCACACAUGAGCAAAAACAAAAACAACAGAUCUGCAGGAAACUGAGAUGAGAAGCGUAAACCCACAGCGAAGGCCUGCAGUGCUCCAUGUGCAUCCCCUUUAGGCUGCUCUGCUCCGAGCAGCUCCCAAGAGAAGUGACGCUUCUGUGCCCAUGUGUGUGUGGCACGGCGCUAAGAGAAGCCGUGUAAGAGUAAAUGGGGCACCUUUCCACCCAGCCAAGGAAAGGGAUUUGAGCGUGAAAUAUUCCUCCUGGAACCCUGCCAAGCCUGAGAUGGCACCUCGACAGCCUUACGCAGACUCUUCAGAUUAUUACACGAGUUAAUGACUUGGAGGAGUUCACCUGUUUUUUUCAAGAGUCUUUACAGUCCCGCCACGCACGUACAGCGCGCCUCGACCCAGGAGCCAUCCCCCUCUGCACCGUGCUGAAAGCAGCUCAGGUGGCAUUUCUCAGCAUCCUCGAGCAGCAAUAGGAUGCAGCUGUGCCCAGAUGCCCACUGGAUCCACGGGGGUCUUCUCCUGAACCUGCACCCGGUGCGGGAACUAUGGACGUUAUGUCACAAAAGGGAAAAAAUAAUAUAUACAUAUGUAAGUAUAUAUAUGUAUGUAUUGCUCUUCUCUUUAUCAAAGCCUUUAACCAAAAGCAUUAAAAGAGGUGGCUGUCUAGUGUUGGGGACAAACCUGUCCAAAGACAGCUACUACAUUCCUGAAACCUCAGCAUUUUUGAAAGCUUUCCUAGAUGGCGAAACAAGAAACAAUCAUUUUCAGUCUCAAAGCACUACAUUUCCCCCUUCGUUAGUGAGAAAUGCCCUUCUGCAGGAUCUCAGCUGCAUUCCUGUGGAAGCUGCAGGAAUGGCCUGUGAACACAAAGAGCUGGGCACUCUGCUGUCCACUUGACUGAUGGACCCAUAGCCCUUCCCAGCCUGUGUCUUGCCCCGUCUGCCUCCCCAUGGGGCCAUGCCAUGGCUGCCUGACCCUUCUUGCUUUGCUCAUGGGCAGUGGGGUAGCAAAUCUUUGCUUCUGUAAGACUCAGAGGUCCUGGGUGCAAAUCUCAUGGCACUAACCCUGCCAUCCCAUUACUUCAGGUGAUCUUUCACAGGCCAGUUGUGUGCCAGACCAUCUCUAAGGAAAAUGUCACUGUGGCCUCAUGCACUUUUAUGGCUUGACUUUGAGAAUUUUCUAUUUUCUUGACUCCCAGAAAGAGGAGUCAUUCCUCCACCAAAAGGAGUUUUCUUUCAAAAUGCAAAGGCAUAGCUUAAAAUACUUUGAAGUCCUGUGCCAAGGGAGGUGGGAAGGAUCAUGAUCAAGGCCCACAGCUCAGAAGAGAAAGUCCAGCAGUCUGGAGCUGGGGCUGCAGUUCCUGGUGUGUGCAGUGGGUGAUGACCAACAGCUCAAGCCCUCAAUAGCUGGUGCUGGUACCCAAAUAUGCUCCAUUUAAAAGAACAACAGUGAUGGGAUCAAUUUGCUGUGGCAUCCAGACAUGAGCCAGUGCCAUGAGGGCUCUUCAGCUGAGAACCAUCCUGCAUGCUAAGCCUGAGGGGAGGGGAGCAAGACUGAUUUGGCAUCGUGAGAAAGGCUGCAAUGUUUUUUCCAUUGAGCUCUGUAUUUUAUUUUAUUUUUUUUUCCCGUUUCAACUGAAGAUUGGAGCUUGGAAAAAUCAUUAAGCAGCAGUGACCAGAGAGAAUCAUGCAGCUCAUCAUAUCUUUGUCAUCACAGCUAUUGAUCAGAGCCACAAUGAAAAUGGGCCAACGACUCUAAACAACACCAGGCAAGAGCCAAUGAGAUGAAGGUCGUUAAGAGCCCUGAUGCUUGAUUCAGGUUUAAAAGCCACAGAUGAUUGGGAGCAGCCCCCGAGACACCAUUUGGCUGUAACUUAGAAACAGUGAGGGAUUUCUGUAAUAUAUCUGUAGUUGCUUUAUUGAGCGUGGGGAUCGGCGUGAGAUUCUGCUCAGUCUAUUAUACAGGCAGCCUAACCAGAAUAAAUCAAAAUUGUGAAAAAAAAAAAACCAAACAACAACAAAAAUACAUUCUAAUCAAGUACUUUUUCAGCUGUGACUUGUAAGUGUCACCGUGAUAGAUGGCAGUGUGAUCCAUUAUGCAAAGACAAGGCUCUUAACAUGAAAUUUUUUAAUUCAAUGUUACGAUUUACAGUGAGGGCCCCCCUUGUAUUUAAGGGCAGAGCCGUUUGGUUUGAUUCAAUCUCUGCCUAAUUGAAACCAGGGCCAGGGAUCUCAGUCACACGGCUGCUUUUUACAUGGGGAGGAGAAAUAAGCACCUAUCACAUUAAUAAUGGAGCUGAAAAGAUUGCUUUACUGGUUAAAUCUUAUUUGGUUUAUCUCCUCACUCUGCCAGCACUGCCAAAACUGGGAAACACGGAUGCUGUGCCUUCGUGCUGGGGCUGGGGUUUGGUGGGAUAAAAUCUGGCUCCCAUUUGGCCAGCAGCAUCCUCCAUCUCACCACAAAUGUGGCCUGGGGCAUUUUUGCUCUUGUUGUUACAGUCCUCCACAGGACAGCAAGUUUUUCAGCAUCUCUUUUUAUUAUAAUCACUCUUUUUAUUAUGUUCGCUAAAUAGUUGUUUGAACAUCCCCCCCUACCCAUUGUACUGAAGAAUUUUCAUGACUUUUGUAAAAAAAAAAAACAACUUUUUUCUGUGUUGUUUGGUUUUUUUCCAUCUCUAGGGUACAUUUAAAGAACAUCAUUUGUGACUGUAAACUUUAAACAGCCACCAUGGAGACAUGUAGCACCCUGUCUAGGACCCCCCAUCUCACUCCUAGAUGAAAGGCCAUUGCAAGUCCUGGGGGUUGCUCCCCCACGGUGCUUUUCCACCCUCUACUAUCCAAGCUGAAAACACCCCAGCCCACCAAGGGAAAUCUUUUGUGUCUCUUGACUGCUUUCCUUUCAUUACCAUAAAACUUCAUGUCAGUGACAAAGCGUUACAUGGCUCAACUGUGAAAUCCCAUCCCAGAGGUCAAUACUUUCCAGGCAGGGGAGCAUAGAAAACCACAAGUGAAAAUUAACUAAAUACACACACACAAUAUAUAUAUAUACAUAUAUAUAUAUAUGUAUGUAUAUGUAUAUUUAUAUAUAUAUUUCCCUCAGAGCUGGAAACUGUUCAAGCAAACAAUAGAAUUUAAAAAAAUAAAAAUAAUUCAAAACUUUUGGGCAGUUCACAGAUGUUGUUGAAAUAACCAAUCAAAGAAUCACACUUUUGUAUUAAAACAAAGCAAACAACAUUUAUUUUGUGUGAGGACUUCUAGUGCAGCUCCAGCCGAGAAGAGGACUUUGUAUCAAAGCUGCAUCUGAAAGCCCAGAACUGCAGACUCUUGUCAUUACCCUGUGUAAUAAUUUUCCUGAAGUCUGGAACUAAUUUUUUGAGAAAUUUUUUUUUCUCGACACUUUUGUGUUUCUAAUACUGUAUUCUUGACUGUGUAAAUACAACCAGGCUGUAAAUAAGUGCAGAUGUAGAUACCUUCUAGAACAAAAAAAAGGAAACAGACAGAAGUGACCGUGUGUAGCCUUCGGUGACAAA